UUUUCCCUCCGAGGACACCGUAGGUUACGUCAACGUAAAUAGCUUUUGCCAGCUGUCCAUUGAAAUAACAUGGCGUUUACGCUUUACUCGCUCAUCCAAGCAGCAAUUCUCUGCGUGAAUGCCGUGGCUGUAUUGCACGAAGAACGGUUUUUGAGCAGAAUUGGAUGGGGAGUGGACCAGGGCGUUGGAGGAUUUGGUGAUGAACCAGGCAUCAAAGUUCAGAUGAUGACCCUAAUUCGCUCUGUGCGUACAGUCAUGAGAGUGCCUUUGAUUGCAGUGAAUUCCGUGUGUAUCGUUUUGUUGCUGCUGUUUGGAUGAAGAAAAUGACUGGACAAAGCAGAAGGAACCAGUUGCCUCCAUCUUCACAAUCUCAGGAAGCUGUGGAUUUACACAAUAUAUAAUAUCGAUAGGGUAGCAAUGAUCGAAAAUUAUUAAAAAGCUGUCAUAUCACAAACCUUUUCUGCAGUGUUUAAACACAAAUCGGCUAUUAUGUCGUCGGGAAUGUCACGAUCCCAUCACGUGGUUUUCGUUGAUUGGCCAUCAGGGCAAAAAGAUGGGUUUUCUUAAAUAAUUUUAUGGGUCACAAAGUGACUAAAUAACCCAACGUUAUUAAAUAUGUCUUCAACUGGA